ACCCCCUCCUGGCACAGCUCGCCCGCCCUCGCUGCAGCCGGGAGGAGGCGGACAGGGCGCCCCAGGCCCCGCCCGCCCACGGCCCUUCCGCGGAGGCCGGGAGACCUGCUCCGCCCGACCCUCGGUGGGUGAGUGCGAGCGGCGGGCGGCGGGUGGGGCCUCCGCUGGCGGAGGCACCGGCAGCGGGGGCGACGCCUGUCAUCGCUCCAGGCCCAGCGGGAGGACGCGCCAACAUCCCCGCUGCUGCGCUGGGCCCAGGGCGUGCCCGUGGCUGCUGCCACCUCUGGGCCGGGGCUGGGGCCGCCCAGGGGCUCUGCUUGUUCAGUACCGUGAGCCCUCCGGCAGAACCUCGGACCGGGCUUUCUCUCCCUGGGGUCAGAGUCGUGGGGCCCCGACCGACUGACUGACCCACGGCGGCUCCGGCCAUGCCCAGCUGGCCCUGGGGGCUCCUGCUGACCGCGGGCACGCUCUGGGCCGCGCUGAGCCCCGGUCCACCGGCGCCCGUCGACCCCUGCCAUGACGAGGGGGGCGCGCCCCGUGGCUGUGUGCCUGGCCUAGUGAACGCAGCACUGGGCCGGGAGGUGCUGGCGUCCAGCACGUGCGGGCGACCUGCCACUCGGGCCUGUGAUGCCUCGGACCCGCGGCGGGCACAUCCAUCUGCUCUCCUGACCUCCGCAGGGGGCACGGCAAGCCCGCUGUGCUGGCGCUCUGACUUGCUGCAUCGGGUACCCCUCAAUGUGACCCUCACAGUACCCUUGGGCAAGGCUUUUGAGCUGGUCUUCGUGAGCCUGCGCUUCUGUUCAGCCCCACCUGCCUCAGUGGCUCUGCUGAAGUCCCAGGACCAUGGCCGCAGCUGGGCUCCACUUGGCUUCUUCUCCUCCCGCUGUGGCCUGGACUAUGGCAGACCACCUGCCCCUGCUGAUGGUCCUGCUGGCCCAGGUCCCGAAGCCCUCUGCUUCCCAGCACCUCAGGCCCAGCCUGAUGGUAGUGGCCUUCUGGCCUUCAGUGUGCAAGACGGCAGCCCACCAGGCCUGGAUCUGGACAGCAGCCCAGUGCUCCAAGACUGGGUGACCGCCACGGAUAUCCGCAUAUUGCUCACAAGGCCUGCCAGUGUGGGAGACACCAGGGACUCAGAGGCCAUGGUCCCUUACUCCUACUCAGCCACCGAGCUCCAAGUGGGUGGACGUUGCAAGUGCAAUGGGCAUGCCUCACGGUGCCUGCUGGACACCCAAGGCCACCUGAUCUGCGACUGCCGGCAUGGCACUGAGGGCCCUGACUGUGGUCGUUGCAAGCCCUUCUACUGCGACAGGCCAUGGCAACGGGCUACGGCCUGGGAAGCACAUGCCUGCCUUGCUUGUUCCUGUAAUGGCCAUGCCCGCCGCUGCCGAUUCAACAUGGAGCUGUACCGGCUGUCAGGCCGCCGCAGUGGGGGUGUCUGCCUCAACUGCAGGCACAAUACUGCUGGUCGCCACUGCCACUACUGCCGAGAGGGCUUUUACCGUGACCCAGGCCGUGCCCUGAGUGACCGCCGUGCUUGCAGAGCUUGUGAUUGUCACCCUGUUGGUGCUGCUGGCAAAACCUGCAACCAGACCACAGGCCAGUGUCCCUGCAAGGAUGGUGUCACAGGCCUCACCUGCAACCGCUGUGCCCCAGGCUUCCAGCAGAGCCGCUCUCCAGUGGCACCCUGUGUUAAGACCCCUGUCCCUGGACCCACUGAGGAGAGCAGCCCUGUGGAGGCGCAGGACUGCGAAUCACACUGCAGCCCCGCCCGCGGCAGCUACCGCAUCAGCCUGAAGAAGUUCUGCCGGAAGGACUACGCAGUGCAGGUGGCGGUGGGCGCGCGCGGCGAGGCGCGAGGCGCAUGGACACGCUUCCCGGUGGCCGUACUCGCCGUGUUCCGGAGCGGAGAGGAGCGCGCACGGCGCGGGAGCAGCGCGUUGUGGGUGCCCGCCCGCGACGCGGCCUGCGGCUGCCCGCGCCUACUACCCGGCCGCCGCUACCUGCUGCUGGGGGGCGGGGCGGGGGCUGCGGCGGGGAGCCGGGGACCUGGACUCAGCGCCGCGCGCGGAAGUCUCGUGCUGCCCUGGAGGGACGCUUGGACGCGGCGCCUGCGGAGGCUACAGCGGCGAGAGCGGCGGGGACGCUGCGGGGCAGCCUGAGCCCGCGGGCGUGGCGGGGUGGGGACUGGGCGCUACUUCGACAUCACGGCGCACGUUGCCAGUGCAUUCGCCUGCCAACGGGUCUUUGCUCGCGUCGCCAGCUGGGUCCAGUCCCCGUCCUUCGCCUCCCUCGAUGCCUCAACUUGUCGCAGAGGGAUGCGAAAGCCGCAGUGACACCCCGCCCUCCCCCGAAGACAAAUGCUCCUUUGGCCGCUGUUUCCCCCAGAGGUCUCCUUGGCCCCCCACGUUCACUCUGCCCUCUCCAAGGGGCAUCGCGAUGUCCGAUAUCCCCAGAAGGCUGUAAACCGCCUCACGUAUCUAGGAACCCUCGGGGCCUGAGAUCAUCCCAAAGGCCACUGCGACUCAACCCCCUUAUCCUGUGGUCCGCCAGAGAGCGCUCCGACCUCCCCGUAGGCACUGUGGCCACCCUAGACGUCCUGGACCGCAAUGGGGUUGGCAACCCAAUUCCGCUGCCUGCACUGCGACUCUCCCGCCUUCUGCUAAGACGCGCAGGAGACGCUGAGCUCCGCCCGCGCGGGACGGCUGCCUCCGUCCAGCUCCGCGGUCUGUGGUCCUCGUGUGGGUCCCGGCGGGUCGUGGGUCCGUGUCUCUUUCCCCAACCGCGUCUCUGCCUGGGUCCCGCCUCUUUCUUGGCCUGCUGUGUCCCCGUCUCUGUCCCGCUGUCCUCUGAGCUGCAUCUCUGAGCCUUGGCUCCAGGACUCCUCGGCUCGGAUCCCGCCCCGCAAACCCCCUGCGUCCCUUUAGUUCUCUCGGGGAUCUGGCGUCGCACAAGCGCACCCUAAAACCACGCGAGACCGGGUCGGGCGGCGGGGGCACCGGCGGACAGCGGAACGAGUUCAGGGUGCCCGCCGCACGGCUGUCGACGUAGCCCCACAGCCCCCGCCACACUUGGGCUCGCCCGGGCCCCUGCGCUGGGGGAACUGCGGCCUGACCGGCGCAUGCGGCCGCCGUCUGGCGCCAGCGCGCAUGCCCAGAGCCGGCGGGGCCGGGACGCGGGGCGCUCGGGGUGGGCGGCCGGCGGCGCGUGCUCGGCGGGGGCGGGGCCGCGCGCGCGCGUGCGCAGAAGGGCCGUCGCCGUCGCGCGGCCAGCUGAGGAGAGCUGCGCCGCGCGGAGAUGAAUCUUCUAGAUGCAAGAGAACCUGGAGUGGUAUAGUCAUUUACCACAUCUCACUGAAGCUGAUCCCUUUGACAUCUCCGGACACUCCUGUUGGCUCAGGCAGAAAGGGUGUGGGAUGGCAGACAGGUUAGCA